CACGGCUAUCGCGGCUAGCGCCGCCACGUGAUUGCGGCGCGGGCGCGCUCCCCAAGCCGCCGUCCCGCCCCCGUUCAGUUUGGAGCUAUAGGGCCGCCUCAGCGUCUCCACUGCGGCAGCACGGACAGCGGGCCUGGGCGCCGGCUAAAGGAGGCCCGCCUCUAUGGUCGGCGGUGGGAUGCGGUCCGUCAGCUACGUGCAAUGCGUGGCACUCGAGUUCAGCGGGAGCCUCUUUCCGCACGCUAUCUGCCUGGGAGACGCCGACAAUGACACGCUGAAUGAGCUAGUAGUGGGCGACACCAAUGGGAAACUCUAUGUGUACAAGAAUGAUGACAGCAAACCCUGGACUGUGCGAUCCUGCCAAGGAAUGGUCAGUUGUGGACAAAGUUUUAAGAUGCUCACAUGUGUUGGUGUGGGAGACAUAUGCAAUAAAGGAAAGAAUCUUGUGGUGGCAGUGGGUGCAGAAGGCUGGUUUCAUCUUUUUGACCUGAGUUCUCCAGCUUCAAAACACCCAGAUGCCUCAGGCCACCAUGAGUUGGUGGCGGGAGCAGCAGAAGAGCAGAAGCCAGUGUUCAAGCAGCACAUUCCUGCCAACACCAAGGUCAUGCUGAUCAACGACAUUGAUGGAGAUGGGAAGUGUGAGUUGGUGGUGGGUUACACGGACAGGGUGGUGCGUGCCUUCCGCUGGGAGGACUUAUCUGAGAGUUCAGACCACAUCGCAGGGCAGCUGAUUCUACUGAAGAAAUGGCUGCUAGAAGGUCAGGUGGACAGCUUGUCUGUGAACCCAGGCCCUGAUGGCUUGCCUCAGAUGAUGGUAUCUCAGCCUGGCUGUGGUUAUGCAAUUCUUCUGUGCACCUGGGACUCUGAGCAGCAGCCCACAACAGAGGGAAGAGACAACUCUGCCCCAGGCAGGGAGGCACCUGUUCGAGAUGUUGUUCUCCACCAAACAUCUGGUCGUAUCCACAACAAGAAUGUUUCCACACAUCUAAUUGGUAGCAUUGGCCGAGGCUGCUCCAGUGUGAAUAGUGGUUCAGGCCUCUUUGCUCUCUGUACUCUAGAUGGGACAUUGAAACUCAUGGAGGGGGCAGAUAAGCUGCUCUGGUCUGUGCAAGUUGAUCACCAGUUGUUUGCUCUGGAAAAGCUGGAUGUUACUGGCAAUGGGCAUGAGGAAGUGAUUGCCUGUGCAUGGGAUGGCCAGACAUACAUCAUUGACCACAAUCGGACCGUCGCCAGAUUUCAAGCAGAUGAGAAUGUCAGUGCAUUCUGUGCAGGUCUCUAUGCAUGCAAAGGAGGAAGCAAUAGCCCAUGUCUGGUUUAUGUCAGCUUCAAUCAGAAGAUCUACGUCUAUUGGGAUGUGCAGCUGGAGAGAAUGGAAUCCACCAACCUGCUGAAAAUCCUGGAGAGUGACCCAGAGUUUGGAGACCUCCUGCAGCAGCUAGGUGUAGAAAGAGGUGACAUUUCUUCUGUUAAAGAUCUGAUUCACAAAACACUGUAUUUUCCUGAGAAACAGCAGCAGAACAGCCCCUCACAGUGUCAAGACCAUGCUGGAAUAGAUUCUUCUACCUCCUCCACUAUCAUCCGUUGCCCCUUAUAACCCCUUGACACCUUUCAUCCCAGCUAAAACUCUUCAUUGACUGGAAUCAGGCAUUCACAUUGCAUGAAGAUCAGACUGCUCUUUCUUCCCUCUCUGUCAAGGCUUCCAGCUAGCUAAGAGUCUACAGGUCAGGAUUUCAGGGAGGCAAGUGCUUGCCUUUUGGCUUGAGGCAGAGUGGCAAGUUAAUUCCUUAGCCAAGGAAGUUACCAGGACAGCAAGAGUCUAGAGUUCUGUUCGUUGGUCUUCCAUUGCCAUGUUCUGUAUUAUUCAAAGUCCUUUCUGGGUGACUGUAGAGGAGCUCUGAGGACACAGAUGAGAGAGAAUAGCCAAGCUCAGUUUUGCUUUUAGCCUGUUGUUCUUAUACUUGCUCUAGUGAUAAUUUCUGAGUUCCUAGUGGGUUCACAGCACAGGAGGGCAGAUUGAGGUCUUGAAUUGGGCAGUGGGAGAGGGCUUUCCCUUUGUCUAAUAUAGAUGGGUUUCUUCAGUAGACCCAAACAUUGUUUACCUUUGUUCUGGUGCUCCCCUCCUGCCAAGCUGAGUUUAUUGCAAGCUGCCCUCUGUUCUGAAGAGGUUAGAACAUGUGUGAGAACCACAGCUUGCACUGGUGACUUGUCAAGGGGUAUCAAAGCUCCAAGGAACCCAGCUGUACUCAAGAAGCAUUGAUUGCCUUCAUCUCCUUGGGCAGAGUGAUCCCAGAGAUGGUUGUGACUUAGCAAAGCAACUGUAAACUGGACAAUAAAAGUAAUUUGUCUUAACUGUG